UGCGGUUAGACAUUUCAUACUCCAAUUCUUUUAGCCUUAUUAGCCAAGACUAGUUUGUUCACAUUGGAACACUAUAUAUUCCCUCCAAACCCACCACUGUUUUUUCCACACACAAAAACAACAAAACAGCAAUGGCAUCUACUUUUUCUCACAUUUCCCUUUCUCUUCUUUCCCUCCUCCUCCUGCCAUUUUUCUCUGCAGCAUUUCCCAACAAUGGCCCCCUUCAAUUAUCUUCAACCCCGAAACUACAAGCCGAAAAAUUCAUAAGAGACCUUAACUUGUUCCCCACUGAUGAGAUCAACACUGUCCCCCACAAGACUUCAUUGGAUGAGGCUUUUGCUGGUCCUAUGCUGGUUGAAAAGCAGUUUAAAAUGCCUUUUCUUGGUGCUGCUUCCGGACCUUCUGUUCAAGAGCUUGGCCACCAUGCCGGCUACUAUCGCCUUCCCAAUUCUAAAGCUGCAAGGAUGUUCUACUUGUUCUUUGAAUCCAGGACUGACAAGAAUAACCCUGUUGUGAUGUGGUUGACUGGAGGGCCAGGGUGUGGCAGCGAAAUAGCUGUGUUUUAUGAAAAUGGUCCUUUUCAAAUUGCAAACAACUUGUCUCUUGCCUGGAAUGACUACGGCUGGGACAAGGCAUCCAACCUUCUUUUCGUGGAUCAACCCAUUGGAACCGGUUUCAGCUAUACUUCAGAUGAGGGUGACAUCCGCCACGACGAAGAAGGCAUCAGCAAUGACUUGUACGACUUUCUGCAGGCAUUUUUUGCUCAGCAUCCUCAAUUUGCUAAAAAUGACUUUUACAUUACUGGAGAAUCAUAUGCUGGGCACUACAUUCCUGCAUUUGGUUCUCGGAUUCACAAAGGAAACAAAGCAAAGGAAGGAAUGUACAUAAACUUCAAGGGAUUCGCCAUAGGUAAUGGACUAACCAAUCCUGAAAUUCAGUACAAGGCCUACCCUGAUUUUGCACUGCAGACGGGGUUGAUUAAAAAAGCUGACUACGAUAGGAUUUCUAAGACGAUUCCAGACUGUGAGCAGGCAAUUAAGACUUGCGGCUCUGAGGGUGGAGAAGCUUGUGCAUCGUCAUAUGAAGUUUGCAAUAGCAUAUUCGAAAAGAUCAUUAAUAUAAUUGGUGGUACAAACUACUAUGAUAUUAGAAAGCAAUGUGAAGGGGACAUGUGCUAUGACUUCUCAAACAUGGAGACAUUCUUGAAGAAGAAACAGGUUAGGGAUGCCCUAGGAGUUGGGGACAUAGACUUUGUUUCAUGCAGCUCUACGGUAUAUGACGCUAUGCUUAUGGACUGGAUGAGAAAUCUGGAAGUGGGUAUUCCUGCCCUUCUUGAAGAUGGAAUUAAGGUGCUUUUGUAUGCUGGGGAGUAUGAUCUCAUCUGCAAUUGGCUUGGAAAUUCAAAGUGGGUUCAUGCCAUGGAAUGGUCCGGUCAGAAAGCAUUCGGAGCAUCAUCAACUGUUCCAUUCAAGGUUGGUGCUACAGAAGCAGGACUGCUAAAAAGCCAUGGACCUCUAACUUUCCUCAAGGUCCAUAAUGCCGGUCACAUGGUUCCAAUGGAUCAACCAGAAGCCGCAUUACAGAUGCUGACAAGUUGGAUGCAAGGAAAACUGGCCAUAGCUGAGUCAGUCGAAAGAAUUGCUCCCAAAUGAUAGCCUCGGAUCCUAGCCUGCCAACAUGUGGUUU